UCUGGGGUGGUCUCAUUUUUCUUCCUUCUUGCGCGCAAUUUCUACUCUAAUGAACUUUAGUGGUAUAUAUAAAAGUGUUUUCUGGUAAUGUGUAAUUAACAACGUUAUAGCAAAUCGUCAACAUCUAUAGCUAGCUUACCUAAACUAGUAAAAAGCUUUGCGGGAUAACAGCUGACAUGGACAAGCACAGCAUCAAACUCUGCCUGCUGCUCAGCACUCUGGCUGUAUCAGUGCACACUUACCAGUUCUUAAAGGCGACCGUGUACUGGGAUGCUGCCCAGAAAAGCGUGAUCCUGAAGGACGGGGUAAUGGACACAGACGGUGGAGCGUAUGGUUACUUCAAUGACACCCUGCUCCUCUCUGGAUGGGGCGUCCUAGAGAUCUGUGCAGGUUAUGGAGGAAUCAAUGCACAGGAAGAUGAGACCACUUUCUUCCUGGCUGGGUAUCUGGAAGGUUACCUCACUGCUGGGCAGAUGUUUGAUCAUUACUCCAAUAUGUACCCUCAACUUAUAAAAGAUGAAAAGGUUUUGGAUCCCCUGAAAAGGUUUUCAGGUACUUUCUGUAAACAGGACCAGUGGUCCAGAGAACAGGUGAGACUGAGGAGAAACAGUGACUCUCUGUGGAAACACCUAGGACUGAUCCUGGCUCAGCUUGACGGCCUCCGUGCCGGAGCAGCGCACUGGGCCAAAGACAAACACAGAGAGCCUCUGCCAGCUUUUGCAGUCCAGUUUCUGAACGGCAUUGGUGACCUGCUGGACCUGGUCCCAGCUCUGACCCGUCGUGCCAACUCCUCCACAGAGGCUGGCACUUUCAGGAUGCCAGGAAUGGGCCACUGCACUGCUCUCAUAAAGGUGCUGCCAGGCUUUGAGAACCUGCUGCUGGGCCACUCCAGCUGGUACACCUAUGCAGCCACCAUGCGAAUCUAUAAACACUGGGACUUCAGGGUGUCUGAGUCACACACUGCCACUGGAAAAAUGUCAUUCAGCAGUUACCCUGGCUUCCUGAUGUCUCUAGAUGAUUUCUACCUGCUUGGGAGCGGACUGCUGAUGACUCAGACCUCCAUUGGUGUGUUCAACACCUCUCUGUUCUCCCAGCUAAGCCCCCACAGCCUGCUGGCUUGGCAGAGAGUCCGCUUGUCCAAUAACCUCGCCCACAAUGGACAGGAGUGGGCGCAAAUUUUCUCCAAAUAUAACUCAGGUACUUAUAAUAGCCAGUACAUGGUAGUGGACCUGCACAGGAUCUCUCUGGGUCACAGUAUCAGGGACGGAGCUUUAACCGUGGUGGAGCAGAUUCCCGGGAAGGUGGUGUAUUCUGAUCAGACUCCAGUUUUACGCAGAGGUUAUUGGCCGUCCUACAACAUACCGUUUCACCUUGAAAUCUACAACCUGACUGGGUACGGUGUCAUGUGGAAGAGCUACGGCGUUGACUUCUCCUACGACCUUUGUCCCAGAGCCAAAAUCCUCCGCAGAGACCAGGCCAAAGUGUUUGACCUCAACUCGCUCAAACACCUUAUGAGAUACAACAAUUACAAGAGGGACCCUUACUCUAAAGGCCAUCCCUGUAAAACCAUCUGUUGCCGGAAUGACCUGAGAUCAAGGACGCCACGUCCAACAGGUUGUUAUGACACUAAGGUGACAGACUACCAGAUGGCUCUCCAGCUGGUCUCAGAGGCAAUAAAUGGUCCAACUAUGCAGAGGGAUCUGCCUCCAUUUUCGUGGCAGUUCUUCAACCUCACUAUGCAUCGUAGUCUUCCACACACUUACAACUUUUCUUUUGUCACUAUGAAGCCCACGCUCCGUCAACCUUAGGAGUAGUAAACUGGAAACACCUAUCCAUAGGAAGGCCAUGUUUGAGUAUUUACUAUUUGUUUUUGCAUGUGUGCAGGUCAUGCACUUUUGGCAAUGCAUAAUUGUGUGUUUCA